AUGAGAGUCAUAGGUCACCCUGACGAUAUUUUCCCCAUGGUCCUGACAUCAGCCACCCAGAAGCUCUUUGGAUGCCUUGCUGAUGAGGACGUCACAGGGGAAAGCCCUUACAAGCUUCUGAAAAAAGACGAUAUCAUACAGGACAUUAAGACAAGAGCAGCAGUGUCCGAUUUCAGCCCUGUGAAGCAGACUGUGCUGGACUACCCAGAGGAUGAGAUCUUGCUGGUUUUUGACAGGGACUUCACCUAUGACCAGUGCUUCUACCUGGCUCUGACACCAGAAGCCAAGAAGAGAAUACUCAAUCCCCCAGAGCCUGAGACACCAGAAGUGUUGGAGAAUGAAGUCAAUAAAACCCCAGAACCAAGGAAAUGGAUACCUCAAGGCAGUGAGCAGGAAGUAGAGAAAGAAUCAGUUAAAGAGACCAGAGAAAAGCUGUGUUUCAAGUGCUCCAUAGUGAGGAGGAAGUUUGGUGCUCCAGUCUGCUUUUCAGACCGCAAUGCUGCAGAUACAAAGGAUGCCUUCUUAGAGUGUCCUUCCUAUGAAGAUAGCAGAUUCAGUAUCAAGCAGAUGCAGAGGGACUGCGGAAUACAGGCUGUUCCCAAACUGUGGAGCAGCAGUGCUCAGACACAGUGGAAGGUUCUGAACAAUAAAUCUACCCAAUACAUGCCAAGAGAGCAAAGUGAUGAAGAAAGAGAGAGUAUCCUUAAGAGUAAGAGCCUGAAGAACUUUCUCAACUCAGUGACUCCCAGGGUUUUGCACGCACUUCAGCAGACAGAGAUCAUGAACGUGUUCAUCGAUGACUGGAAGGCUCUGGGUGCAGGAAAUGACGACAGUGAUUUUUUUGGGCAGGUUUCCGAAGGUCUGAUGCUUUUUAGGGCUUUAUCAGACCAGAUGCACACAAAGAACAAGAAAAUCAGCUGUGUUAACUGGCAUCCUACCAUCUACGGUAUCAUAGCUGUGGCUUUGACAGAGAAAAAGAAGGAGCAGUUGAAUGAGUCCACAAAAGUUGAUGUCAGACCUUCACUCAUUAUCUUCUACAGUUUCUCAGACACCAGUGGUCCCCAGUUGCUGCUGGAGUGCCCAGAUGACAUUUUUGCCUUUGAGUUCUGCCCCUCUGAUCCAAAUAUUGUUGUUGGCGGCUGCAUAAAUGGCCAGGUUGUGUUGUGGGACAUUUCUGCUCACGUCACACACUUACAGGGAACUCAGGCUGGCGGUAAAAAGUCCUCCAUCAACCCUGACACCCUGAUCUUCUACCAGGACCUGGAUGACAACAAAGAAAAGAAGACUCCUAUUGUGUGUUACUGUGCAGUGUCUUCCAUAGAGAGUGGCCUUAAAGCACCAAUUACUGAUGUCCAGUGGCUGCCACCAACAUUUGAGGUGACCAGGACAGGCUUAGCCGUAGAGAACAAGAGUAACCUCUCUAUUCAGGUUGUCACCUGCUCCCCUGAAGGUUCUAUAAUGUUCUGGGAUGUGCGAGCAACAAAACUGUCGAGACAUUCAGCAUCAGGCAAGAAGCAGAAAGCCGAUCAGAAGAGCCAGAUGGCCCCCUUCAGUGUCCCUGAUACCUUCAAACACCUGGAUCAGACAUGGAAACCUUUGUUCAGGGUUUCUCUUCAAAAGAUCGAUACCAGUGGAGAAUAUGCUCCUUUGAAGUUCAGCCUGGAACACUACACCUGUAAUGAAAAUGAUGACAGCUCAGAGGUCAUCCCAGACUACAGCCAGCUCAGAGUGCCUUCAGCGAAAACACUUAAAACCCUGGAGGAUGUCAACACCAAGCUCUAUGUUGGAACAGAGGAUGGGGAGAUUGUUUACGCAGACUGGAAACUGUUAAAAGACGACUCUGGACGGCUAAACAGUGAGAAACCCCUUCACUGCUCCAGCAUCCAUCACUGGAUUGUGAACACGGUGCAGCGCUCUCCUUUCUUCAAAGACAUCAUCCUGACAGUGGGAGCCUGGGACUUUGCCAUCUGGAGAGAGGGUGUCAUGGGUGGCCCCAUUAUCCAGUCGCCAAGCUCUGAGCAGGUGUACACUGUGGGAUGCUGGUCCCUGUCCCGACCAGCUGUUUUCUUCCUUGGCAAAGAAGAUGGCAGCAUUGAGGUGUGGAACCUGCUGGCAAAGACCGGUGCACCUGUACAGGUCUACGCACAUGUCACCAAAGCUAAGAUCACCUGCAUUAAGCCCUGGACCGCCAGCACCUCCAAGCAGCACUUCCUGGCUGUGACUGAUGACCUCGCAGUGGUCCAUGUUUUCAGAAUCCCAAAGACAUUCUACGUUCCCUCCAGGAGCGAGUAUUUAAAUGUGAGGAAAUACUUUGAGCUGGAGGAAGACAGGCUGAAAGAUUUAUUGAGGAGAAAGGAGCUUUGGGCAAAAGAGAAGAAGGAAAUUGAAGAACUAAAGAAGAAACUGGAGCCAGAGAUGCCCAAAACAACCCUGGAGGAGGAGGAAGAGAAGGACAUUAAAGACUACAAGGAUUUCCUGAUGCUGGAGGAGAGCGUCCUGAAGGACCUCGGCCUUUGGCAAGAUACAUCCAAAAAAGAAUAA